CUCUGCUCCCUGCUCCACUCAGCUCCAGUCAGGCUUCUGCCUUUCAACCCGGCUGCAGCUAAUGAGCCUUUGUGCGGCCAAAGAUAGAAAGCAAAGGGAGAGCGCAACACAGUGACAGAAGAGGGAGUUUAAAUGAGAAAGACUGUCGUCUCGCCACAAUAAAGCAUAUGUUACCGACAACGCAGGCAGAGCUGGAAAAUUACUCGUCUCCCUCAACCUCCUGCACAUUCUGCUCUCCCUCUUUGUCAUACCCGUGGAGAUCAGGGGUCGCUGCAAGUCAGUGGGCUAAGACAAAAUAAGAAUCUCUCCAUUCAUCAUGUUUCCUCUUCUCUGAGUGGCCACAUUUGUGACUGGGUGGUUGUAACGCUGUGAGACGAGGUGAGGAGUCACACUUCCAGUGGAUACAGGUGCAGAUGCAGCAGACCAUGAGCGGAAUACUGAAAAGAAAAUUUGAGGAGGUGGAAGCCUCCUCCUCCCCCUGUUCCUCUGUACGGGAGUCUGAUGAUGAGGUCUCCUGCAGCGAGAGUGGGGAUAGCAGUGACAGUGUUAACCCCUCCACCUCAGGCACUUUCAACCCUGACUCAAUCUUGAAGUGUGAGAAGCGCUUCCGAGCCAGGAGAGUGCAUUUUGAGAAUGUGACCGUGUACUACUUUGGCCGGCGGCAGGGUUUCACCAGUGUCCCUAGCCAGGGUGGCAGCACUUUGGGCAUGUCCAACAGGCACAGCUGGGUCAGACAGUACUCCUUGGGAGAAUUUGCCUUGGAGCAGGAGAGGAUUCACAGAGAUAUGCUCAAAGACCACUUGAAGGAAGAAAAACUUAAUUCAAUCAAGCUAAAGCUGACUAAGAAUGGCACAGUGGAGUCCGAAGAGGCUAACACACUCACAGCAGAGGAUAUCUCAGAUGACGACAUAGAUCUGGAGAACACAGAGGUAGACGAGUACUUCUUUUUGCAGCCUCUCACCACCAAGAAGCGCAGAGCACUCCUGCGCUCCUCAGGAGUGAAGAAGAUUGAUGUGGAGGAGAAGCAUGAACUUAGAGCCAUUCGCAUGUCCAGGGAAGACUGCGGCUGUGACUGCAGGCUGUUCUGUGACCCAGAGACCUGUGCUUGCAGUAUUGCAGGGAUCAAGUGUCAGGUGGAUCGAAUGUCAUUUCCUUGUGGCUGCACAAAAGAAGGCUGCAGCAAUUCAGCUGGAAGAGUAGAGUUUAAUCCUAUCCGUGUUCGGACCCAUUUCCUGCACACUAUCAUGAAGCUGGAGCUGGAGAAGAGCCGCGAACAGCCACAAACCUCCCAAAGCAAUGGUUACAACAUGGGGAACGGGAGCCUGUUCACACAGUCACAGAACAGGUUGGAGUACUCUUUGUCUGACGCCGUCCCACAGGCGGCUGCUAUGCACUUCCAUGGAGCAGAUGAGAUGGAAGAGCCUCUAGAUGAUGAAGACGAGGACGAUGAAGAUGAGGACGAUGAAGAAGAGGAGGAGGAGGAAAAUGAAGAUGAAGAGGAUGAGGAGGACAGCAGCAGCGUGUGUAGUGGGUUAUCUGACUCCAGCACAAAAAGCUUUGGCAACAGCAACUCAGAGGAUGAGGAGGACACUGCAGGGAAGUCUGAGAUUCACGAUCAUGACAUGACGCCCCCAGCGGUUUCUCAUACUGAAUUGGUGCCAAUGUCCUCAGUUAUGUGUUACACUGAUAGCUCUCUGGGUCAUGAUAACCAUAUAAAUGGAAAGCCUUACCUAAUGAACUCCUCUCCCCCUGACUACUAUCAGCUGGAAAGCUCCAGUGCCCACACGAAUGUCCAAACCAGCCGGCACAGUGAGUCUUACAGGGAGGUGCUCACAUUCCCAGAUCCAGUCACCGAAACAAAUGGCAAUUUGGCCCAGGGACCGUUCAACAUAAGCUCUGUUGAGUUCACGAGCUACUCUAAUCAUACAGAGAAGCAGUACACAACCAGUGUCCACCAUCAUUUGAAUGGGUCUCAUCCUGAUGCCUCUUUGCCCUUUUACCCUACCAACCGAAACAACGAGGUGAUGUCCAAGGCCUCCUUUGUGGGGCAGCAUGAAAACCACAACCAAACAGAGUUUGAAAACUACCUUAAUAACAACACUCAGGAGUCCUGCAGCAGUAACAGUGUCACAUGUAUGGUGGCUGAGCAAUCUCAGCAGAAACCAUGUGCUAAUGGACACACUGACACAACCUUACUAUCGAAAAACACUAAGAGCCUCCCUUUACCAGAUCAUUGCUCUGAGGUCACAGCCAAUUAAAAAGAUGUGCUUUCAAUUAUUACAUCCUUACUUAAACCUUAUUAUGCUGUUCUUCAAGGAAUAGUCAUUAUGGCCUCUUUUUCUUUUUGAAAACUAGUUUCAAGGUAAUUUACAGAAUAAUACCAGGUUUUUUCAUCUGUUAUUCUAAAGCCAUAAGCUUGUAAUGGACACAAAUUUUUGGUACCAUUGACACAUGUAUUUAAUUCAUCAUAGAGUUCAUACUCAACUCCAAAAACAAGAGAUAAUACAUAAGAAAAGAAAAAGAAACUAAUGUCAUGCUGUGCAACGCAGCUUGUAUUUGCAGAGCGUAAAUUCUAGUUUCAAGCGGUAAUUGUACAGUAGAUCGAACUUUUACGCUGCUGUUUGUGCAGAAAGAAUCUCUCUGUUUAAUUAAUGUGACUGAAUUAUAAGUGUAUCCUUAUAUAUUGUAUAUGUUUUCGUAGAAAUAUGCAUGCUGUUUUGGAACUCUAAAUAACUGCCUCUGUUUUUAAAAAAGUUUCAUUUAUAAUGUACAGUCAUCUUCUUUUUAUGAUUUGAAAAUCGUAACGAUUCAGAAUUAGUUUUUUUAAAUUAAGCAACCAGUCGUGUCAUUUUGAAGAUCUUUGCACUUACAGUCUACUUUGGGUUCAAUGGCACGUACAUGGAUGUGAACCAUUUUUCAUUUUUUAAACAUUAAAAUAUUUCUUAAACUAUUUCCAUUUAGAGCAGACUUGUUGUUUUAGAGGGUUCGUUAGAUUUUCUGAUGUAUUUUCAAAAUAGUCAAAGCUUUUUUUUAUUUCAGACAGGAACAUGUUAGUUAAGAGGCAUUUAUGCUUUUCAAACAUUUCCCUUUAGUUACUGGCAUGUAAAUCAGUUUGGCAUUUAAAUUGCAUAAGUAAUCUGGAAAGCACCCAAAACAUAGUGAAAAAGUAAUAGUAUGACCUAUGAAAUGCCUGACUUAGGCAUCAGUGUAUAACAAUGACUACUCAAGACGAAAGUUAUUUGACAGUCUGUAGCUUAAAUAUGAAAUUAGUGAGUCAUCGUGAGGAAUGAACAUUUUUGUCAAAAUCUGUAAUUCCAAACAAAAAUGCGACAGCAAUCAGGUUUAAUGUUGGAAUAUCUACUCCUGUUCUGACCAACAUCAUUACUCUCAUGCUUCUUGACGACUCUAUUCCCAUUCUUCAAUCAACAGAAUAGAAAUUGUUCAAAUCUCUCUUUUCCCCACAUAAUCAAAAAGGAUUUUACCUGUAAGCGGGAAAAUCCAUUACAGUUGUAUCGGGUGAAAAAAAAAUUUUUUUCCCUUAAAGGAAUAGUACACCCAAAACAUGAUUAGCCUUCAUUUUCUAC